AUGAGUUGUUUAACGGUGAAAUUUCUCGUCGCUUCAUUGCUGUUGAUUUGGUGCUGCGAGGCGAGGACGCUCGUUGGUUGGCACGGGUGCACGACGUCGGGCGGUCGAUGGGCGUGCGCGGGACAAAGCUGUCACUGUAUUCGUCAACCAAUUUACAGAUGGCCAACCAUUCCGGAUGAUCGCGAGUCGUUCAUCGCGUGGCUCUCCGAGUUCUCCGAGAGGAAA